CCUUCUCUCUCUCUCUCUCUCUAGCUGCCGCAAAGCCCCGUCCUCCGGGGCUUUUUUAAACGCCGUGUUUGCUUCACGCUCCAACAACAUCAUCCAAUUGAAGCGCCGCAGAAGCUACACUCUGGACCAACGGCCACCGUGGGAACACGCGCACCGACCGUUAAUGGUGUAGGGCGCGAGAGAGAAUAGGCAGACACCGUGUUGCGGGGUCAACGACUCUCUUUUUUGGGGUUUAACCCCCCCCCCCCCCUCCACCCUCCUACUCUGCCCGGGCAGUCGUUGCUCUCCGGGAAGGCAGUUCAGUUCACAACGAGAGGGCGUCUCGGAGAGAUGAGAGCGGACCGGGUCAGGUGACCGUCAUUCCGUUGUUUUUCAAUGCGGUCGGGACCGCAGCUAGCUCGGAGCGGCCGCGUUGAUGCAGCAGCAGCGCACGGCUGCGGGGCUCAAAAUCCACCAUCGGAUCCGGGAAGACAAUAAAGUGUAAUCUACGCCGGCCUGGACCCCCCUCCGACCCACCCACCCCCCCCCAAGACGACGCCGAAAACGAGAGUCUGCGUCCGCUUCGGCUUCACUAACUAUAGUGUCCGCGUGAGGAAUCAGGUUUUUUCGAGAGUGACGUUGACAGCCAGGCAGGCAGCUCGAUCGGGAUCAGGAUGGCGGCCGUGGUGAACUACGCUCCGCCUUGGUGGGUGAAUCUGCUCCACCGGAUGCCUCAUUUCAACAUCGAAUUCCAGCUCGUCAGCAGUGACUUCAGACCGGAGGACUCCGAGUACCAGAAGUCCAUCUUGCUGCUCGGGUCGGUGGCGUUGCUGUGCCUGGGCCUGGACCUCCUCUUCCUCCUCUUCUACUCCUUCUGGCUUUGCUGCCGGCGACGCAAGAGUGACGACUCCUCGCACUCUCACACGCACUCCCACCAGCAGCCCAGCGCCGACUGCUGCUGCACCGCCUGGUGCGUCAUCAUCGCCACGCUCGUCUGCAGCGCUGGCAUCGCUGUGGGAUUCUACGGAAACGGCGAAUCGAGUGAUGGCGCCAGCCGUUUGGCGUACUCCCUCCGUCAUGCCAACCGCACCGUGUCCGGGGUGGAGAAACUGGUGUCCGACAGCGCCCUAGCCUUAAACCAGACAGUGGAGGAGAGCCUGGUCCAGUUGGAGACGGCCUUCCAGGAGCAGGCGGACUACGUGUCCAUCGUCCAGAAGCUGCAGGGACAGCUGGAUGAGCUGGUGAGGCUGAUGGUGGAUGUUCCCUUCUGGUCCAACACUGACAUUUCCCUGGAGGACUUGGCCCACAAGACGGAGGUGUUCGAUUUUUACAGGUGGCUGGGGUACCUCAGCCUGCUGCUGUUUGAUGUGCUCAUUUGCCUCCUGGUGCUCUUCGGCCUGAUACGCAACUCUAGAGGCACUCUGAUUGGAGUGUGCCUGCUCGGUGUUUUGACUCUGAUAAUCAGCUGGGGGUCUCUCGGCAUGGAACUGGCUGUCGCCGCUUCAGCCAGCGACUUCUGCGUUUCCCCGGAUACCUACGUCACCAGGGUAACCAAGGAAAACGCUGUCAUCAACCAAGAUAUCCUGCAGUACUACCUGAGGUGCAGCCCUGGCCAAAUUAACCCCUUCCAGCAGAGGCUGUCAGGGAGUCACAAAGCCUUGGUGGAGAUGCAGGAUGACGUGGCGGAGCUACUGAGAUCAGCAACGCGUGAAUACGCCAACACCAAGGGGAGUCUCGAGCAAAUCCAGUCGGUGCUGAAUUCCACCGAGGUCGGUCUCCACCAGCUGACCGCCCUGGUCGACUGUCGCAGCCUACACAUGGACUACGUCCAGGCGCUGACCGGGCUGUGUUACGACGGGGUGGAGGGUGUCAUCUACCUUGUCCUCUUCUCCUUCGUCACGGCUCUGAUGUUCUCCUCCAUUGUCUGCAGCGUGCCACAUACCUGGCCCGGCAAGAGGACGGAUGAGGAAGACGGAGAGGACGAGUCGGGUGCCUCGCGGGGCGGCGUGCACGAUAACCUGUACCGCGUUCACAUGCCCAGUCUCUACAGCUGUGGCUCCAGCUACGGUAGCGAAGCUAGCCUGCCCGCUACAGCCCACACUGUCAGCAAUGCCCCCGUCACUGAAUACAUGAGCCAGAACGCAAACUUUCAGAACCCUCGGUGUGAGAACACCCCCCUGAUUGGCAGGGAGUCCCCUCCACCCUCUUAUACCUCCAGCAUGAGGGCGAAGUACCUGGCCACCAACCGACCGGACCAGAACCGACGCUCCGUUCCCAACGACCAGCUGGACCCGGCCAGCCGGCCUCACCCCGCUGCCCGACCACAGUCCUCAGUCCACUAGAGUCCAGAACUGCCCCCAGUCCAACCCAGUACUGCCUAAAUCCAGUUUUCACAGCCAGUAACGAGAUCCAACUCACCAGAGCGGGGCGCCAACAGGACCCCGCUUCGUCAAGACCCGCUGAAUUUCACCGACACCGACCGGUUCACCACGAACAACAAGUCAGAACUCAUCGACCGAGCGCCCUCGGCAAAGGACCGCGCUCUGGAGGUCGCCUUCGACUUCUCGACCCCGAAUGAUCCGGGAGUCGAAGCCCGUCCCAGAACAUCACGAUUCCCACUCCUCUCCUCUUAGCGGAGUAGAGGAGUGGAUCGGCCCGCAUACCCACAAUGCAUGGCGACUAAAGCGUCUUUGCUCUGGGUUCGUCCACUUUCUCCUUCUACUUUUCAAUUAACUCCCGCUCCAUUGGGAUCCGUACACCGCCCUCCAUACACACACACACACAGAACACACGCACGCCCACACACACACACACACACACACACGCACACACACACACACACACACACACACACACACACACACACACACACACACUGUACAGACCUGUAAAUAGUAAACGUGUGCUUUACUCUGAUUCCAAGAGAAGUAGAGUGUUGAAUCAUUACUGGUAAUGUGGUGUGCUGCGUGUUUACCAUGGACGUUUUUAGCUGUACCUCUCAUAUACACACACACGCACACACACACACACACACGUGUAUAAACAAUAAGCCAGUGAAUUAGAAAGCCAUGUUUAGAUAGAAAACGUACCACCACAUCCACGCCCUCUUUAGCUUAACAUUGUCGUCUAACUAAGGCUUGAACCGUGAGCUCAUGAAGUGCGUCCACAUCUCUCUCUCUCUCUCUCUCUCUCUCUCGCUCUCUCUCUCUCUGUAUUUGUUCACGUGUCGAUUUUAAUGCGCUUUGAACGUGAAGCCAGGAAUCCUUGUUGUGGAAUAGCUGAUUUUAACUUUGGGAGUCGAAGGGAGAGACAAAGGACUUAAGAAGGCUCAACCUGUGCCAAAAAACUCUUGAAUGCCUGAUUCUGUCCUCUUGUUCUUCUUCUUCUGCCUCCACACGUCUCACGCGACGGGGGGGAAAGAAACCACUUGGAACGGUUUCCCCCCCGACUGUAAAUGAAAAGGGAACAACGCUUGAAAAAAAAAAAGGAAAACAAUGGACAGAAAUGGAGCGUAAGACUCACUGGAUGUCACGACACAUGUGCCAGGUGCUAAGAAAGCUGGUCAAGGUCCCAGGAGACGACCGGGACUGAGGAGGGAACGGAAACGGGUUUUUUUUAUUGUUUUUUUUUUUUUUAUUACUUUAAUGUUUUCGGGUUCAUUCAGGAAUAUAAAAAGCAGUAAAAAAAAAGAUAAUAAUACACAUUACCGGAGGAAAGUUUUGUUUCCCGAAUUCCUGAAAAAGAAAACCCAUGACCCCAAUAACUAACGUUACAUACAAGUGUUACGAAAUGAAGGAAAGUGGGUGUUUUUUAAUUUUUUUUUAAUGUUUUAUCAAAAGCUGAAUUCAUGUGAUGUGAUACUGUGACCGAGUAGUAUUCCGUUUCUUCUCCAAUAUGCUGUUUCUUUCUUCCUGUGCUUUUUAUUUUGUUACCUGGUGACCUUCAAUCUGUGACCUUUAGCCACCAGUUUUUAAUUUUUUAAAAAUUUUUUUUUUUUACCCACAAGCACAAAUUCUCUUCAAGGUGACUUUACGAACUGGAGAAGUAAAAACACUGCCAGUGUUUUUUUCCCUUUGCGCUCUAAAACUCUGUACAGUGUAUAAAAAAAACUGUAUCCGUGAACCUGUGUGAGUGUGUGUGUGUGUGUGUGUGUGUGUGUGUGUGUGUGCAUGACGUCGCUGCAUCGUGAUUGGCUGUUGCGCUAUCUCAGUGUUACUGUGUGUAAGUGCGGUGAUCAGUGUGUCUGACCGGCAGCAUUCCUACACCGAUGCAUACACACAUUAAAACACACACACACACACACACAUGCUGUACAGCCAAUACACACACACACACACACACACACACACACGCGCGCCACCGUUUCCUAUGAAACUGCAUCCCUCCCUACUCGUGUCCCGUUUACAGUCACAUCUAGCGCUGUAGUAACUGCACGCCCCCCCCUCUCCCCCCUCCCAACAGCUGACAACCAUUUGCAUUAUGGGUAAUUCGUCGGUCACGUAGUAACCACAUUUCAGAGACUAGCCGAGCCCUUAACGUUCAACCACCAUUCCUGUACAGCAUUUUAAUAAUAUUAUUAUUAUUAUUAUUAAUCGAUGACCACUUCUCGUAUAAGCGAGACAAUCUUACAUGUGUGAUUUUACUAGAGAGAAGAUGUCCAUGUUAUGGUAACAAUGCUACCUAUGGUACUUUACAGUGUUUGGGUUUUUUUUUGCACCAUAAAUGCAAACAAUGUUAAGAUCUGUGGGACUAGUCACUGAUUAAUGGCCUUUCAUAAUGUUUUUAAAACUCUUACAACACUCUUCAUAUCACGUCUUUUUCUUUCUUUUUCUCUCUCCGUCUUUAAAGAUAAAACAAUAGCUAGCUGUUUUGUAGGAGAACAAAGGCCGGAGCAGCGUUUUUCCUCUCUUAUUAACGGUGAAUGACUCUCUUGUCUUGCGAUGUUUUAAUAAAACUAUUCCAGUGCGGUCUGCACAGCUGACUGAACGUUGUAUUUGAACUCCUGCGCGACGCUUUCUGGGAUUCAAACCGGUGCAAUCGGUCUCGAUGGGAAGAAAGGAACGAGGGAAAGAGGUUGGGGGGGGGGGGGGGGGGGGGGGCUGUGUGUAAUGUGUGCUAUUUACAGGUCUUCAAGUACACCUCUGUCCAGAUGUGACGGACAAACAUUGUUUUCUAUGGCUGUUUUUAUUUCCCCCAUGGUUUAACUAAGAUGUUAAUGAUGUACACGUCAAAACUUGGUAAUGAUAUCAUUCAGCCUGGAAUAAAUGUUUUAAAAAAGAAAGAAAUUAAAGCAACUUAACGU